AAUAAUAAUAAUAAUAAUAAUAAUAAUAAUAAUAAUAAUAAUAAUAAUAAUAAUAAUAAUAAUAAUAAUAAUAAUAAUAAUAAUAAUAAUAAUAAUAAUAAUAAUAAUAAUAAUAAUAAUAAUAAUAAUAAUAAUAAUAAUAAUAAUAAUAAUAAUAAUAAUAAUAAUAAUAAUAAUAAUAAUAAUAAUAAUAAUAAUAAUAAUAAUAAUAAUAAUAAUAAUAAUAAUAAUAAUAAUAAUAAUAAUAAUAAUAAUAAUAAUAAUAAUAAUAAUAAUAAUAAUAAUAAUAAUAAUAAUAAUAAUAAUAAUAAUAAUAAUAAUAAUAAUAAUAAUAAUAAUAAUAAUAAUAAUAAUAAUAAUAAUAAUAAUAAUAAUAAUAAUAAUAAUAAUAAUAAUAAUAAUAAUAAUAAUAAUAAUAAUAAUAAUAAUAAUAAUAAUAAUAAUAAUAAUAAUAAUAAUAAUAAUAAUAAUAAUAAUAAUAAUAAUAAUAAUAAUAAUAAUAAUAAUAAUAAUAAUAAUAAUAAUAAUAAUAAUAAUAAUAAUAAUAAUAAUAAUAAUAAUAAUAAUAAUAAUAAUAAUAAUAAUAAUAAUAAUAAUAAUAAUAAUAAUAAU